AUGUUCAACGCCGCAAAUAAUAUACUAUUUCUGUUCACAAACUCCCGGAGCACUCAUUACAUGCCCGGAGAAUCGAGUGCCACAUUAAUGAGUAUUUUGAAGCAAAUCAGGGAAAGACCGCCAAAUGUAAAAAUACCUUAUAAUUUGAACACAACGUAUUGUUUUGAUUCCGAGUCAUUUCGAUAUCUCGUGGCUUCGAGUCCUCCCAAUAAUAUACAGUUUGACCCGAAACAUAAAGAUAGUUAUGCUGAGAGUUGGGAAAUAUCUAUGAAGGAAUGUCAGCGCUUAUUUGAGUACAUAAUACAACUCACACCACACAAAGUGAUGGACACACUAUCACUCAAUAACGCCAAACAUAUCAUACAAUUACUAACCAAACCGUUGGCCGACAUUACGAAGAAUAUCGCGGAUAACGUUAAACAAUGCAAAGAACAUAGCGUUGAGAUCAACGAGUUUUCGGGUACUAUUGAAGAGCUAAGCCAUAAGCUAUACAUACCAUCGGUUGAGAUAAUAACAGUACCAUUGGAUCGACCAAAGACUGUGUGCAGUGAUGGCGAGUGUUGUGAAGAGGAAAUAAUUAACGGGGUAACCGACAUUACCUACACGCGCGAAUGCCACUCACCAUGCUACCUGAACAAUUCUAGUAAAAUAGGCAGUACGGAAUUAUUAAAAUGUAAAGCAUUUAACCAAAACAGUAACAACGAUCUAGCGCCUGGCGAAUCGAAACAAUCGUGGUUGCGUCGAACAUUUUCAGAACAAAAACCAUCGGAACAAUGCUUAAUAUGUGGACACAGUUACAAAAAGCAUCUCACUUUGGUAUAUGAAACUAAGAUGCAUAUUAACGAUGUGACCGAUCAGAUGGUUCACAAUGAGGUUAAAUCCGUACAAAUGGCCGCCGAUCUAAAAGAGCGUCAGUUGCGAAGUCUCGACAAACGAGUCGCCGAAUUGAACGCCGAAAGCGAGACAAUCGUUCAGUCGAUGUCAAUGUUUGCCUGUUUUCUGGCCAACAAUGCGUUGACGCCUAUAAACGACGCGUUCGAGCAAUACGUCCGACACCUUAUAGACAACGAGCGGAAAGGGUUUACGACGUCCGACGCCGACAGUCGGGUCACAAUCGAACGGCUCGAACAAAUGAUCGAACAAUACAAGGAUGAGAAAGCGUUGAUUAAGUCAAAAAUGAACGAACCCAAUGUCGGUUCACCUGGCUUAAUCACGUUGGCCGAAAUAAACGCGUGCGUCGACAGAUUGCGCAUGCUCAAACAUAAGGGUGGUGAAAUUAGUAGAAUGCUCGACAAACAGAGUCGGGCUAAAGUGAAUCGAGAAUGCCGGUGCCGCGGCACCAGUAUAAAGUAUACAGGCACUAAAACGGCACCGGUCCUGGUGGCAGCUCUCACCAUAUAA